AUGCCAGUGCUGGCUUUGUCGGGGCCGGGAGUGUGCCCGUCUUUCGAUCCUGACAACACUGGCUACAUCAGCACCGAGAAGUUUCGCUCCCUUCUCCAGAGACACGGCUCGGAGCUGGACCCCCACAAGCUGGAGGUCCUGCUGGCCCUGGCAGACAGCAACUCCGAGGGGAGGAUCUGCUACCAAGACUUCGUCAACCUGAUGAGCAACAAAAGGUCCAAUAGUUUCCGCCAAGCCAUCCUUCAGGGGAACAGGAGGCUGUGCAGCAAGGCGCUGCUGGAGGAAACGGGGCUGAGCCUUGCACAGAGGCUGAUCCGGCAUGUUGCAUAUGAAACCCUGCCACGAGAGAUAGACCGCAAGUGGUACUACGACAGCUAUACCUGCUGCCCUCCACCCUGGUUCAUGAUUACCAUCACUAUUGUAGAGGUUGCCUUUUUUCUUUACAAUGGAGUGGUAUUAGACAGAUUUGUGCUGCAAGUCACCCAUCCCUUAUACUUGAAGAACGCAUUACUUUACCAUCCUCAGCUCCGUGCUCAGGCCUGGAGGUACCUAACCUACAUAUUCAUGCAUGCAGGGAUAGAACACCUUGGACUCAAUGUUGUCCUUCAGCUCUUGGUUGGGGUUCCCUUGGAAAUGGUGCAUGGACCUGCGAGGAUCAGUUUUGUGUACGUUGCUGGAGUUGUGGCAGGGUCCCUGGCCGUGUCAGUAGCUGAUAUGACUGCGCCUGUGGUGGGCUCCUCUGGAGGCGUGUAUGCUCUUGUCUCAGCUCACUUGGCCAAUAUAGUCAUGAACUGGUCAGGAAUGAAGUGCCAAUUCAAACUGCUGCGCAUGGCUGUUGCCUUGAUCUGUAUGAGCUUUGAAUUUGGAAGAGCUGUGUGGCUGCGAUUCCACCCCUCCGCUUACCCACCUUGCCCACACCCCAGCUUCAUGGCUCACCUGGGAGGGGUGAUGGUUGGAAUCACCCUUGGUGUCAUCAUCCUGAGGAACUAUGAGCAGAGACUCCAAGAUCAGACUUUAUGGUGGAUCUUCCUUUCUAUUUAUGUAAUUUUUGUCUUAUUUGCCAUCUUCUGGAACAUUUUUGCCUACAGCCUGUUGGAUCUAAAGCUACCUCCCCCUCCUUGA